AUGGCGCCGCACUCGCGGGACGGCCGCAGAGUCCGUUUCGAGGAGAUCCGCGAGCUCGACGGCCACGGCGACGAACCAGAGCUGGGGGCCGGGCACGCGCGGGGCCGCGUGCCGCCGUGGCGGGAGCAGCUGACGGCGCGCGGGAUGGUGGCGAGCCUGGCGGUCGGCGCCAUGUACAGCGUCAUCGUGAUGAAGCUCAACCUCACCACGGGCCUCGUCCCCACGCUCAACGUCUCCGCCGCGCUCAUCGCCUUCGUCCUCCUCCGCGCCUGGACCAAGGCGCUGGCCCGCCUCGGCGUCGCCGCCCGCCCCUUCACGCGCCAGGAGAACACCGUCGUGCAGACCUGCGCCGUCGCCUGCUACGGCAUCGCCGUCGGAGGUGGGUUCGGGUCCUACCUGCUCGCGCUCGACAAGAACACCUACGAGAUGGCCGGGGAGGAGACGGAGGGCAACGUGCCGGGGAGCUACAAGGAGCCCGGCAUUGCGUGGAUGACCGGCUUCCUCCUCGCCGUCAGCUUCGUGGGGAUCAUCGCGCUCGUCCCUCUCAGGAAGAUUAUGAUAAUUGACUACAAAUUAACUUAUCCAAGCGGGACUGCAACAGCUGUGCUUAUAAAUGGAUUUCAUACGCCUCAUGGAGAUGCUAUGGCAAAAUUCUUCUUUGAUUUCAGCCUCACAUAUGUUGGGGCAGGGAUGAUUUGUUCCCACCUUGUUAACCUGUCUCUCCUUUUUGGCGCCAUUCUCUCCUGGGGUGUCAUGUGGCCUCUGAUCAGUGAUUUGGAAGGCGACUGGUAUCCAGCAAAUAUACCAGAAAGCAGCAUGAGCAGCCUGCAAGGCUACAAGGCCUUCAUAUGCAUAGCUCUCAUCCUAGGAGAUGGCCUGUACAAUUUUGUCAAGAUUAUUGUCUUCACUAUUAAGAAUCUGAUUGAAAAAUCAAAUCUGAAGAACACAAAGAAAGAUGAAGACAUUCCAGUGCUUGAUGACCUUCAUCGUAAUGAAGUUUUUAUGAAGGACAGUCUACCUUCAUGGCUAGCUUACUCUGGCUACGUUGCAUUAUCAGUUGCUGCAGUAAUUGUCAUCCCCAUGAUGUUCCGCGAGAUGAAGUGGUACUAUGUUGUCAUUGCGUACCUACUGGCUCCUGCCCUGGGUUUCUGCAACGCCUAUGGCGCCGGCCUUACUGAUAUCAACAUGGCCUACAAUUAUGGGAAGGUUGCCCUCUUCAUUCUUGCAGCCUGGGCUGGCAAAGACUCUGGUGUGGUUGCUGGCUUAGUAGGCUGCGGUCUGGUGAAGUCGCUGGUGUCAAUAUCUGCUGAUCUGAUGCAUGAUUUCAAGACUGGGCAUCUCACACUAACAUCUCCCAGAUCAAUGCUGAUUGCUCAGGCUAUUGGCACCGCCAUGGGCUGUAUCAUCGGGCCACUAACAUUCAUGCUGUUCUACAAGGCAUUUGACAUAGGCAACCCAGAAGGGCCCUGGAAGGCACCGUAUGCUCUAAUCUACCGAAACAUGGCGAUUCUUGGUGUGGAGGGUUUCUCUGCUCUACCCCAGCAUUGCUUGCAGCUGUGCUAUGGGUUCUUUGGCUUUGCAGUGGUGGCCAACCUUAUGAGGGACCUCUUGCCGCCGAAGUAUGGCAGGUGUGUUCCCCUACCGAUGGCAAUGGGGGUUCCUUUCCUCGUCGGCGCGAGCUUUGCCAUCGACAUGUGCGUGGGAAGCUUAGUAGUCUUCGUCUGGAACAUGAUGGACAGAAGUAAGGCUGCACUGAUGGUGCCGGCAGUUGCAUCUGGUUUGAUAUGUGGAGAUGGGCUUUGGAUCUUCCCUUCGGCCUUGCUUGCACUGGCCAAGAUCAGCCCACCAUUCUGCAUGGCAUUUAGGCCUACACACUAG